AUGGGGGACGGUGUGUUCGCCCUGGCAGGGCCGUGGCCACCGGUGCCACCCCCCCGGGCUGCUGCCACCCCCCCUGUCCCCUCGCGGCGGCGGUGGCGGGGCCGCGGGGCGGGGACCUGCGGGCGGUGGGUGUUGGGGACACUGGUGGCCCUGGCGCUGGUGGCCCUGGCCGUGCAGGGCUGGGUCCUGGUGGGGCUCCGGGGGGACCUGGACAGGGUGACAGAGCGGCUGCAGGAGACCGGCGCCGACCUCUCCUCGCAGCCCAACGGUUCCCUGCGCUGGGAAUCCCGCAAUUCCUGGGCUUUCCUGCGGGGUUUGGGAUACCGGGGGGGUUCCCUGCUCUGCCGCCGGCCCGGCCUUUACUUCGUGUACGCCCAGGUUCACCUGAGCUCACCUGAGCUGCGCUCCUGCGCCCACGCCCUGCUCCGCAUCCGCAAGCGCAGCCCCCACUACCCCGAACCCCUCGACCUGCUGCUCAACAAAGGGGUCCACUGCCCCCCCCCGGCCCCCCGCGGGGGGGGGCCCUGGGCCCGCAGCAGCUUUUUCGGGGGGCUGGUGGAGCUGGAGGAGGGGGACGAGGUGUUCGCGCAGGUCCAGGAGCCGCGGCUCGUGCGGGCGCUGGACGGGACGCGAUCGUAUUUCGGGAUGUUCAUGGUGUGA